GCGGCGCGGGGGGAGCGCGGCGCGGAGGAGGGGGCGCGCAGGCACACGCGGCGGCGCGCAGCAGCAGCACCCCGCGCUCGGACCGCGAGCAGCGGCGAGGAUGUGAGUGCGGAGCAGGCGGCGCCGCCCGGCACGCUGCUGCCGCCGCUGCCCCCCGGCCGCCCCCGCUCCGGGUCGGCGCUCGGACCAGGAGGAGCCGCCCGAGCCGCCGCAGCGCUCGGCGCCGGCGGAGCGCGAGCUCGCCGGGCAGCCGCGGCGGGUGGAAGGUGACCCCCCCCCGCCUCCCUCCGCCUCCUCCCGGAGGAGGAGCAGCGGCGGCGGAGAGCUAGAGAGCGCAGGGAAGCAGCCGCGGCUGGAAGGCGCCCCCCAGCCCAGCCCAGCCCAGCCCAGCCCAGCCCCCCCGGAGGAGCCGGCCGAGCCCUUCCCCAGCCCGGCGGCGGGACCCGGCGGGAGAAGCCGACCGCGGCGGCGGCGGGAGCCGGUUCGGAGCGGGCGAGCCCCCCGCCCCCCCCCCUCCGUCCCUUCCAGCGCCGCCAGGGGCACCGGGAGCAGGUACGGAGCCCCCCCCCCGCCGCAGCCCGGGGGGGACGAGCGAGCCAGCCCCUUCGCCGGCGGCAGCGGCAGCAGCGCCCCGGCCAGCGGCACCAUGUCCGCCGCGCAGGUGUCGUCGUCCCGGCGGCAGUCGUGCUACCUGUGCGACCUGCCCCGCAUGCCCUGGGCCAUGAUCUGGGACUUCACCGAGCCCGUGUGCCGGGGCGUCAACUACGAGGGCGCCGACCGCAUCGAUGUCAUCGAGACGGCCCGGCAGCUGAAGCGGGCGCACGGCUGCUUCCAGGACGGCCGCUCCCCGGGGCCCCCGCCGCCGGUCGGCGUCAAGGCAGUGCCCCUCUCCGCCAAGGAGGCGGCGGCGGCGGCGGCGGCCCAGCAGCAGCUCAACCAUGUGGACGCCUCCUCCAAGGCGGCCUCGGCGGGGCUCGCCCAGUCCAGCCUGGAUCGCUACGGGCACGCCGCGGCGGCCGAGCAGCGCAGCCGCUUCGAGUACCCGCCGCCGCCCGGCAGCCUGGGCGGCAGCCACGGAGCCCGCCUGCCCAACGCUGGGGGCCCCAACGGCUUCCCCAAGCCGCCCGAGGACGGGCCCCCGGAGCUCAACCGGCAGAGCCCCAACUCCUCGUCGUCCUCCUCCUCCUCGCGCCGCGGCACGCACGGCGGGCUGGUGUCCGGCCUGCCCCCGGGGGCUGCCGGCGCCCAGCUGAACGUGCCCCCCAACCUGCUGCCGCAGACCCUGCUCAACGGGCCCGCCGCCUCCGGCGUGGCGCUGCCCCCGCCGCACGGGGGUCUGGGUGGCCGUGGCGGCGGCGGGCCCCCAGCCCCUUCUGCUUCCUCCCAGGGGGGCACCUGCGGCGGUGGCGGCAGCGGUGCCGGGGGCAGCGGCGGCUCCUCGUCGGAGGCCUGCGGCAAGCGGCCGGGCUCGGUGUCCAGCAGUGACCAAGAGCGGGAGCUGAAGGAGAAGCAGCGCAACGCCGAGGCGCUGGCCGAGCUGAGCGAGAGCCUGCGGAACCGGGCCGAGGAGUGGGCCAGCAAGCCCAAGAUCGUGCGGGACACGCUGCUGACGCUGGCCGGCUGCACCCCCUAUGAGGUGCGCUUCAAGAAGGAUCAUGCCCUGCUCGGCCGCGUCUUUGCCUUCGACGCAGUCUCCAAGCCGGGCAUGGACUAUGAGCUGAAGCUCUUCAUCGAGUACCCCAGCGGCUCCGGCACCGUCUUCUCCAGCGCCUCUGGCGUGGCCAAGCAGAUGUACCAGGACUGCAUGAAGGACUUCGGCCGCGGCCUCUCCUCGGGCUUCAAGUACCUGGAGUAUGAGAAGAAGCACGGCUCUGGAGACUGGCGGCUGUUGGGGGACCUGCUGCCCGAGUCGGUGCGCUUCUUCAAGGAGCUGGUGGGUGCAGACAUGCUGCCGCAGCCCUACCUGGAUGCCAGCUGCCCCAUGCUGCCCACGGCCCUGGUAAGCCUUCCGCGACCCGGGGCUGGGCUGGCGGGUCAGGGCACAGCCGCCGCCUCCAGGGGCCCAGGCGGUGGUGGCGGUGGCGGUGGCGGGGCCAUGCGCAAGAGGAAAGCGUCUCCUGAGCCCUCGGACUCGGCCGAGGGGGCCCUGAAGCUGAGCGACGAGCAGCAGCGGCAGCAGUGGAUGGCCAGCCAGAGCGAAGCGCUCAAGCUCACCAUGUCGGGGGGCUUCGGGGCGGUGCACGGCGGGGGCCCCCCGCCGCCACCGCCGCCGCCCCUUGGGCCCCACUCCAACCGGACCACGCCGCCCGAGUCCGCCCCCCAGAACGGACAGUCCCCCAUGGCUGCGCUCAUGUCGGUGGCCGACACGCUGGGCAAUGCCCACUCGCCCAAGGACGGCAGCUCGGUGCACUCCACCACGUCCACCCGCAGGAACAGCAGCAGCCCCGUGUCGCCGGCCUCCGUGCCGGGCCAGCGCCGCCUGGCCUCCCGCAACGGGGAC